AGUCUUGUUAAGAUUUUUUUGUUUAUUGUUUUUAUUUUCACUUUCAUUGUUUAUUAUUAUUGUCAUCAAUUUCUCAAUGCUCAGUUCAGAAGUGAACUGAGAUACCAAAAUCCCAAUAUCUAAGGGAUUUGAAAAUGAGAUAUGCAAUCCAAAUCUGAAACUGCAAAUCAACUGAGGUCUGAUCCACAUUCCUUUACACCUAACAGUGUUUAUUCUGAAACCCGGUGGUGAGGCAUUUAGUAGAAUCCUGUCUCCCAAGCAAUGUCAGGGGCAAAUGCAUCCAAUUCAUCCUUACUUGAACGUCCUAGUGGUGAUUCAGUAUCUAGUGAAGAUCAAUCUUUAUCCAAUAAUGGGUUGAAUGAGGAAGAUGAUGAUGCCACUAAAUCACAACCCAUUGCUCCUAAUCAAUCCGGAAAUUAUGGACAAGAACACCAGGGGAUGCAGCAUUCUUCAUCAUUUGUGCCUUCAGUGCGUGAUGAUUGCUUUACACAGGCUCCACAGUUGGAACUUGUUGGUCACUCAAUUGCAUGUGCUUCAAAUCCUUAUCAGGAUCCUUAUUAUGGGGGCAUGAUGGCAGCAUAUGCGCACCAGCAGAUGGGAUAUGGUCCUUUUAUGGGAAUUCCUCAUGCCAGAAUGGCUUUGCCCCUUGAGAUGGCUCAAGAGCCUGUGUAUGUGAAUGCCAAACAAUAUCAAGGAAUUCUGAGACGAAGACAGGCUCGUGCUAAAGCAGAGCUUGAAAAAAAAUUAAUAAAAGUCAGAAAGCCAUAUCUUCAUGAAUCUCGGCAUCAGCAUGCUAUGAGAAGAGCAAGGGGCAGUGGAGGACGUUUUGCAAAGAAAACUGAAGGGGAGGCUUCACACCACAUGAUCAAGGAAAAGGAUAUGGGAACUGGUCCGGUCCCAUCGUCACAAUCAGUUAGUUCAUCUGGUUCUGAACCUUUGCCCUCUGACUCUGCUGAGACUUGGAACUCUCCAAGUGUGCAACAAGAUGCAAGAGGAACUAAAGUGCACGAGAGAUUUGACGAACAAAACUAUGCAAAUGGUAGAGGGUCCUACCAUAAUCAUAAUGGUUUGCAAUCAUCAUCAAUUUUUUGUUUGCACUCAGGUGAAAGAGUGGAGGAAGGGGACUGUUCUAGUCAACAACGAGGAAGCAUCUCAUCUGAGCACAUGUCACAGAGGCGUCUUGCUAUUCAGUAAGUUACUGCAUGGGGAUGAAUGGAUGAUGCUAAGGUUGGUUUGUAUCCAAGUGAAAUAGUAGGUUCGUUAUGUAUAUGUAAACAUAUUGUCAAUUAGCAUGCGGCAAAUCAUUCUUGGCUUUGUUUCCGGUGUUAAUGAUAUGGGAAUAAGAAUGAUUGAUUGGACUAUGUUACCUGUAUCGUUGAAGUCAACCAAUCGUUCAUUCUUUUCUCUGUUUUUAUUUUAUUUUAUUUUAUUUUAUUUUGUACAAAGAUAGUAGUUAGCGAAGUCAAACUUGGAUGGACGCUCAGAUCACGGGCUUUGUUCUACUGACUCUCUCCUUUGGCAGCAUUAUAUAUGUUACUCAUCUCACCGCUUAUUAAUGUUAAAUAUGGGAGAUCAUAUGAGAGAAUCACCGCAUGAUUGC